CUCCCCCCUCCUUUCAGUCUCCCUCCCCCCUCCCAGUUAAUCAUGCGUGAGUACAAGCUUGUCGUUCUUGGCUCUGGUGGUGUUGGCAAGUCCGCCCUCACCGUCCAGUUCGUCCAGUCCAUCUUCGUUGAGAAGUACGACCCGACCAUCGAGGACUCCUACCGCAAGCAGGUCGAGAUCGACAACCAGCAGUGCAUGCUCGAGGUCCUGGAUACCGCCGGUACUGAGCAGUUCACUGCCAUGCGCGACCUCUACAUGAAGAACGGCCAGGGCUUCAUCCUCGUUUACUCCAUCACCUCCAAGUCCACCUUCAACGACCUGGUUGAGCUCCGCGCCCAGAUCCUCCGUGUCAAGGAUACCGACAAGGUCCCCAUGGUCCUGUGCGGUAACAAGUGCGAUCUCCAGGACGACCGCAUGGUCGAGAAGCACGAGGGUGAGGGCCUCGCCAAGGAGUGGGGCUCCGUCCGUUUCUUCGAGACCUCUGCCCGCAUGAAGAUCAACGUCGACGAGGUGUUCAUCGACCUCGUCCGCCAGAUCAACAAGCAGUCCCCCCAGCCCACUGGCAAGAAGUCCAAGAGCUGCCUCCUCUUCUAAAUAAGCGGACCCACUGUGUGUCUAUGUGCACCCCUUCUCUCUUCCCCUUCCCCCCCCCCCCUCCCAGGCCUCGUUCUCCCCCUCCCUCUACAUCACACACACACACACAUACGCACAGACACACACGCACGGACGCACGCACGCAUGCACACACACACCAUACCCAUGCGAUCCCCUUUCCCUGCUUUGGGGCGCAUUCCCCCCCCCCCCUCCCUUGCUCUUCUACCUCCCUUCCUUGCUCGCACAAACAGGCGUUGAUGUGAUCUUUCGACCUUCUUCUUCCCCCCCCUGGUUGUGCAUAUGCCCCGCACACUGAUGGCUGGUGUUGUUGGGGGUGUGUGUGUGUGUCUGUGUGACUGCGUGUGUCUGUGUAUGGGUAUGCUUGUGUCUCUUUCCUGCCCUCGCGUCCCUCCUCUGCCGGGGACGGGGGAAGUACUGUGUCUCGUUCCUCGUCCACAUGCUGCUCCCCCACCUGGCCCCCCUUCACCGUGAGCGGGCGCGAGAGGCCGCGGGCGUGUGUCUCGUUGGGCGAGAGUGAUGGCCUCUGUCAGGAGCAUCCUCUCCUUUUGCGUGCUUGUGUUUGCGUGUGUUUGUGUGUGUAUAUGUGUUACUGGCGAGCUGGUGAACUGGCGCUGUGCGCGCAUGACACGGAGGACACUGUGUCAAGGCCUCUCUCUCUCUCUCUCUCUC